AUGAGGGUCGUCGUAAUUGGCGCAGGACCGGUGGGUUCUCUUGCGGGUCUCUAUGCUGCCCGGCGAGGCUGGGAUGUCGACGUUUACGAUCUUCGACCGGACCUUCGAGAUGAGGCAACCACGCCGCUCAACUUUACUAAAUCAAUGAACUUGGCUCUGUCAGAGAGAGGCAUCAAUGCCUUGCGCCACUCCGACUCCCCCGAGCUGCUCGCGGCAAUCAUGGCAGAGACCAUACCAAUGUAUGGACGUAUGAUACACGGCAAAGAUAGGACAGGGGCAUUGACAGAGGCAUCUCAACAAUACGACAUCCAUGGUCGCGCCAUCAUGGCAGUGGAUCGCGGUGAUCUCAAUGCUCGUCUUCUGGAUGAGCUCGAGAGCCUGCCAAACGUGAAGCUUCGCUUCAACCACAAAUUGACUGGUAUCGACUUCCGUCGUCGCUUGGCCUGGCUCGAGCAGAAAGGCACGUCUAGGAGACCAAGCGCCGAAUCGGACGGGAUCAGGCGCAGCCGGAGGCCAGGAAGACCUGACGAGAUUGAAAUUGAUUUCGAUCUCAUUAUGGGCUGUGAUGGCGCGCACAGCAGUGUUCGUUUUCACCUGAUGAAAUUUGCUAGGCUGGACUUCGAGCAGAGCUACAUCGAUACUCUUUGGUGCGAAUUCAACAUUCCGGCUGCGACAGCCGAGACAAGCAAGACACCAUCUGGCAAAGAUGGUUUCGCAACCAGUCCAAAUCAUUUGCACAUCUGGCCCGGCAAGGAUAAGAUGUUCAUCGCCAUUCCCAGCGUUGACAAGUCGUUCACGUCGACUCUUUUUGCGCCAGAUGCCGAUUUCCAGGCGCUGAAGAAGGACCCGUCCAAAGUCGAAUUGUUCUUCAACAAGCACUUUCCGGGCGCCGUGGAUCUCAUCGGACCAGAAGCUGUGCAGCGACAAUUCGAGGAGAAUCAGCAUUUGCCGCUCAUUAGUGUCAAGUGCUCUCCCCACUAUUUUGGCCAUAGUGGUGUCAUCCUUGGAGACGCGGCCCACGCUAUGGUGCCAUUCUAUGGCCAAGGCAUGAAUGCCGGUCUUGAAGGCGUUCGCGUACUCUUCUCCCACCUGGACCGCUACCCAACUACAGAAGAAGGGCGGGCAAAGGCACUUACCGCGUACAACGAAGAGCGCAUUGCUGAUGCUCACACAAUCAACGAUCUCGCCUUGUACAACUUCUGGGACAUGCGUGAAGGUGUUCGGUCGUCGCUAGUGCUUCUGCGCAAGAGUAUCGAGGAGUUCCUGUCCGAUAAGCUUCCAAGCACGGGAUUCGCAACGCAGUACAGCAGAGUCAGCUUCAGCAACCAGCGCUAUUCAGAGGUCGCAAAGGCAGUCGCUCGUCAGAAAGAUAUCCUGCUUCGAGCUGCAAACAAUGCCAGAGGUGCUCUUCCAUCGCAGCCAGUCGAGUGGAAUGUUUUCGCGAAUGCGCGCGAGCGAAUGGACUUCGGGAGAGCCGCAGUCAUCGUGCUUUCCGACAAUGGCGUCCACAAAAUCAGCCACCUUCGUGCAAACAUCAUCUACCAAUAUUCCGCGACCCACAAAGGGGGAGGCUUCGUUGCUCAGAUGGCAGUCAUGGACGACACGAAAGACAUUGUCAAACAUCGCAUUAUUGGCUUGAAGCCCUCUAACGACCGUCGAGGCGCAUUCGUCCACCUCAAAGCCGAAGUCGAGCGCCAGUUCGACAUCAUCAUCCAAUGCAACCACAAGAUUGUGUCCCCUGAUGACUAUGACGAGCCGCUAGCGAGGCAGAUUCGAGCAACCUAUUCUCAACAGAGCUUGCAGCCCCGUAAGCAGCCAUCGAAACAGACGUCUCGUCAAUCCAUACGGCCAGCAUCAGGCGCACAAGGAGCAAGCCCAGAGAAAAAGGAAGUCUCCGCAACUAUCACAGAACUCCCAUUCGAUUCUCAAGAUAGCAUACAGCUGGUGAAGCGGUCGUCAAGACAGGCAUCCCAUCAGUCCAUCCCAAUCCCAGAAGAGAAAGAAGUCUCUUCAAGGGUCACCGAACUCCCGUUCGAUUCUCAAGACAGCAUACAGCCGGCGAAGCGGUCGUCAAGACUGGCAUCCCACCAGUCUCUCCCAAUCCCAGAGGAGAAAGAAGUCGCCCAAAGGUUCAGCGAACUCCCGUUCAAUUCUCGAGAGAGUGUACUGCCACAACAGCGGCCUGCAAAAGACACAUCUCGUCCUUCCAACCUACCGUCAUCCGGGGCAAGCCUAGCAUAUCACCAUAGGCCGCCACCGAGAAAGAGAUCUCGUCAAUCCAUACUGCCAGCACUACCACUAUCAUACCCACCAGCGACAAUCCCAGGAGGCAACCCCGUCCCGCACUUCAUCAACACCCUCCCACCCGGCAGACGCCCACCCGAACCACGCCGCCCCCUCAACGUCCGAUGCGGCCACCCCGCCGAGCUGUCCCGACUCUACAACAUCCCCGAAUCCGAAGUCAUGGCCGCAAGACGUGGUGGGCGCACCUACAAGCUUCCUGCUCGUCACUCAGCCUGGAACGACCCUCGCAUGCGUCCUCAAAAACCGCGGCCUGACUCCUGGUCAUCUCCCAGCGCCCACACCGGCUUGGCGGCCCCAUUACCCAGCCUGCAUCCAGCAAUGGCCCUCCACUCCUCCAAGGCUCCAGGAAUGAACCCAUACCUCUCCGCGCCUUCAGAACCAAUCUCGAUCUCACGCCCCGCACCCAGACCCCCUGCCACCUUCACCCGCACCGCCCCCCAGCCCGUGCCGCAAACCCCCCUAAUCCAACAUUGCGGCCGUUACGGUACCGGUGCAAACCGUCAAAUCGACGACGCAAUCACCUUCGACCCGUGCGCGAGACACUACAAGUCCACUCUGGAUUUGCAGAGCUAUAUGAACGACGUCUACACACGUAGUGACACCAAGCUGGUACGUGUCAAACCGUGCGACCCUGAAGCCCCACCCGAGGCAGCACCCAAGAGGCCCCCAGGGCCAGGGGUGAGAGCGCAGAGGGAGCAUGAGGCUGCCGAUGCGAAGAGGCGAGCGAUGGGGGUGAAGAGGGUGCAUCCUGAUGAGGAUAACUGGGAGGGGUUCAUGGCGAGGAUGCAGCAGCGGCGGUUGCAGAGGCCGGGUUGA